UUAGCUUUAUGCACUCACAAUCAAAAUACUCCCCGACUUUUCCCCAAGCACCGUCGCUAACGCCGCCGGCUUCACUUAAACCUUCAACGCCGCUGAUCACUCUUCCUCACAGGGAUUAGGAGCUAUGGGUUGGAAAGCUGCUGAGAAGCUCAUCAGACACUGGAAGAUACUUCGUGGGGAUAAUGUAAUGAUCAUCCGCGGGAAAGAUAAGGGUGAGACUGGAACCAUCAAGCGCGUCAUCAGAUCCCAGAAUCGUGUCAUUGUUGAAGGAAAGAAUCUGAUCAAGAAGCAUAUAAAGGGAGGUCCUGAUCAUGAAGGCGGGAUUUUCACGGUGGAGGCUCCUCUUCACGCCUCAAAUGUCCAAGUUGUUGAUCCAGUCACCGGGAGGCCUUGUAAGGUUGGUGUAAAGUACCUAGAGGAUGGUACAAAAGUAAGAGUGGCCAGAGGCACAGGCACAUCUGGUUCCAUUAUUCCUCGCCCAGAGAUUCUAAAGAUAAGGACAACGCCAAGACCCACUACCGCUGGACCUAAAGACACACCAAUGGAGUUUGUUUGGGAGCAGACGUAUGAUGCUAAAACAGGAAAAGGCAUGCCUGAUCUUUGAGUAACAAACCUUUCUUUACAGUUUUGGUUCCUAAAAAUGUUGCUGCUCCCAAAAGAUUCUUCUGCUUCUUCUUCCCAUCCAUUACAGUUUGUUUAGGGUCAAAGAUAUGUGAAAUGAGAUGCUGUUGAACAAGCUUUGGUUCUUAUUUCGUUACUCUUUGUGAAAGUUUCAAGGUGCUAAAUAAAAGAUUCGCAUGCAGUA